AUGAACAUGGAAAAAUAACUGAAAAUCCAAACACCAAACAAACUUAAAACAAAGGGAAAAAAAGAUAUACCUAGAGACAAAAAUAUAACAACAUAAGUUUCCACAAAUGGUUUCCAAUCUAAGUGUAAACUAAGUCCUUAUACAAUUGUUGUCUGUAUUCCAUGGGUUCAUAUAUUGGUAGAGUUCCAAGGUCUACCAUCCACUGAUUUACAGGAAGUGGGAUUUUGUUUUUCCAGUGUUGUAAUGCAAGUCUUUUAGCUGUAGUAUGGGUGCAGGGGGCCCAUGUUAGUUGACCAUCAGUUAACCUCCAAGAUGAUGCCUUUCCUUUAUUAUUUGUUCCCACUAUGUGAUGUUCCGAAUUAUACUGCUUCUGAAUGCUUUCCAGUUCGUAUGGAAAUUUGUAAAUAUAAUCACUUUAAAAUGUGGUGCACAUUUACAUAUGAAAUCUGGAGUGAUUAAUGCCAGUGUGACUCUCCCUUAACCUUAAAACCAGAUGGUGGUAUUAAGCAGAAAAGCCUGCAUCAUGUACAGAAAGCUGAAACAUCAGAAGAGGAGGAGGGAUGCAGGAGAGAAUAGCGUACUGAUUCUGUAUUAUCAUUUGAUUUUUCUUGCUCAGCAACACACCAUCCACCCAUGCUCUGUCAGAUUCCUGGAGAUAUCAACCUGCUAGCUGUUGGGAAGCAGCUGCACUUCAGAUACGCGACCUGCCUGUCAUAAGCUGACAUUUUGUUCAUAGCCUAGAAAGAAGAGUGUCACUCCAGCAAAUAUAGAUCCUGGAAGAGCAUAACAGCAAUACUGUCCUCUCCUCCUUCUUCCAGCAGGAUGCUUAUCUUUAUCAUCCACUACUUUAAAUUGCACUACUUUAAAUUGUUGCUCCCAAACACUGAAGAUGACAGAGACCACCCACACGAAACAACCCCACAGCUUCCCAAAGAGGACUUUUAUGGCUUCAUUUUUCAUCCCGACAUGGAUACCAUGGAAUCAAAGGCAGGCACACUGAUGAAUGAACAAUGUAAUUCCAAGAAAAAUGGGGUUUCAGGCUUGCUUAGAAAGCGCCUUUGGAAGGCUUUGCAUCUUUCUUCCCCUGUGACACUUUCCCAGUACUGUACAGGCUCUUGCCCAAAUUUGCUGAUGAAUAAGAACGAACUACUAGAGCAAAAGACUGGAAGAGCAGCCUCCUCGAGAUCCCAGUCAGACAUGAAGACUCAUCGUGUGCUGUGUUCAACCCUCUCAUCUGAUGGGGCCAGGCAGUUCAAUGGACUGGUUUCUCAGAAGAGUCUUGAUGCUCAGAUGAAGCAAGCCUGCAGUGGUAGAGCAGCCAGCAGCACAGGGUCCCUGGAACAGACAUCCUUGUUCUGUUCCUCUGAAUCCACUUCUUCAUCCAAAUCCAUCAUGUCCACGCCAUUGGAAUCUCAAGCCAAGCCCAAAUCUUUCUUCCGAUUUUCCUUGUUCUCUCCAUUGAUGCAGUCCAAUAACUUUGAACUGGAUUCUAGUUCCUUCUCUGUUUCUGGCUCCAAGAAGCGCCUUCAUAACUGUCUCAAGUCUAGAGUAACCAAUGACCCAAAGCCAGAGGAACUGCAGAACUUCUCAGAACCAGUCAUCACCAGGAUAAUGGACUGUAUCUAUGUGGGAAACCUGCAUGCUGCUUACAGUGGACAGGUACUGUGCAGGAACAACAUUGACAGCAUCAUUGACAUGAGCAGUUUGCCCAGAGACUGCAGCAUGAGCUUCAUCCCCUGCACCUGCAGUCGAGGGCCCCAGCAUAGCUGGUCCCGCCUCAAGGUGCACAUCCAGGGGGACUCAGAGGAGGAAUGCACUUCUCUGCACCUGCCUUGCUUCUGGGACAUCAAUGGAUGCAUCGAAGCCUCUCUGGAGAAAAGGAAGCGGGUUCUGAUUCACUGCAGGGAUGGCUACUCUCUGGCUCCAACCUGUGUUAUUCAGUACCUGAUGGUGAAGCACAACAUGAGGCUGCUGGCUGCCUAUGAAUUUGUCAGGGCCAGGUACCCACUUAAUAUCAGGGAAUGCCACCAAGAUCUUCUGGUGGGACUGGAGAAAUCUCUUUGGCCUGGAGAAGGGGACACACAGUGCUUUAAACAGGCCAUAUCAAGGAAGAUGGCAUGGGAAGGAGCAAACUAGGUCUGGUGAUGGCAGUUCUGUGGGUUUAAGCAUGGAAUUAUGGCAGGUGCAUACAAAGAGAGGUCUAAUUUUAUGAUCAAAAGGAAGGAGUGAAGAACGUUUCCCCUACCUAUGGAUUAUCUCCUCUUAAUCGGUCUUCCUUUCCUUUGUCCCAGCAGAGCACAUUUAUAGCACUGGAACUCAGGAGAGAGGGAAAAAUGCUGGUGCUUGUAGAGAGAAGGCAUAGGCAGGGAAAAUAUUCUAUUCUGGUCACCUGUGUAUCCCUUUUAUUUUAAAGUGGGACUUCCGUCCCUUCUUUUUGUGUCAAAAAAGUAGUAAUAAUAAUAGUGGGCAAAUUCAUAGGACUUACUAAUGGUGUAUAAUUUAUUCUUCAAUUUUGACUCUUCUGCCUACUUUUUCCCUCUCAUGGAGAGGGGCAGGGAGCAGAAAGGGCACUAAUUGUGUGCCCUUCUACCAUUGGAAAUCUCAGCCAUUAGUUCUUGUGAAAUCAGCUAGGCUUUGUGCACACACUUUCAAGCACAAGUGCUGGAAAGGUGGCAGUUUUACAGGAAAAGAGAGAUUUCUAGAAAGGUGAAUUGCACACAUUGUGACUUUCUUAGUAUUCUGGCAAAGCUGUCGUUUACACUAGGGAUGCCAACCUCCAGAUGGAACCUGGAGAUUCCCUGGAAUUACAGUUAAUCUCCAGACUACAAGAGAUCAGUUCCCCAUGGAGAAACUGAAUGCUUUGCAGGGUAGAUUCUUUGGUCUUAGACCCCGUUGGAGUCCCUGUCCUCCCCAGGCUCCAUCCCCAAAUCUCCCAGAGUUUUCCAAACUGGGGCUGGCAAACAGGCAUCCCCUGCUGGUGGCCAAGGGGGACCUAGGAACUCUAGCUUGCACACAGUCUUGGCCAUGGCCUCUGUCCUCAGUGCUGGGUCUGAAUGAGUUUCUAGUUCCAUAAGAGAAAUCCCUCUCUGUGGUAGCGAUGCCUAUGCUCACAAUUGUAAAUGUGACUGUUCAGCCCUCUUAAAAGGUGCAUGCUGAGUUGUUCAUAAUGUUCAUUUGUCAGGGGAAUGUUGCCAUUUUAACACAACAGCAAUGCUUAAAAGGAAUAGAGGUUUCAGCUACACCAAGGUGAACAUUGUAACAUCCUAAUAACUGUGUGUCUGCAGAUGGGCAUCUCAGAGGAAACAUGUUGGCACUGAAAUGCAAUUUUUGGUGCUUAAAUUUCUCAGGUUUUGUGAUUGGAAUAAAUUCAAUGUUUUUUU